AUGGCAGGACCAGGUGUGUCUACAUCUGCAGCAGCCCUAAUGCUGGAAGAAGCGCUCUCCUCACGACAGGGCACCGUGUCAGUCAUCCACAUCAACAGUCACAACUCAGUCAAAGGUUACUUCCAGACCGGCAACGACAAAGCGGACGCCGCAGCAAAAGGCAUAUGGACGUGGCAGGAAGCCCGAUUUCCCAUUGCCAACACCAGGGAGGCUGCAAGGAAGAGGAAGAUGCCGCAGGACACUGAGGCAGAGCAGGAGCUGAGCAUGGAGAGCAGGGAGGACAAAUGCCUGUGGCAGAACCUGGUGGCAGAGGCCGUUCUGAGCGGCUCCACGGCACAGGAAGCCAACGGGGAGGAAAAGCCCUGGAGAUGCCGCACGAGGAGGGGCUGCAUACGCAGCUGGCGGGGAUCUGAGGGGGAAAGAGCCAGCCUGGGCCAGGAAGGCGGCUGGGGAUUGAGCCAGAGCUCGGAGCUGGUGCUCCAUGAGCAGCUCCAUGAUGGGGAAAAGACCCACAUAUGCGUGAAGUGUGGGAAGAGCUUCAGGUGGAGCUGCAGGCUGAUCAGACACCAGAGUACCCACACUGGGGAAAAGCCCUACGAGUGUUCCCAGUGUGAGAUGCGCUUCAGCCACAGGUCUAGCCUGAUGAAGCACCAGAGGACCCACAGUGGGGAGAGUCCCUACGAGUGUGAUAAAUGCAGGAAGGGGUUUCAGACCCGCUCCAAUCUCCGCCUGCACUAUCAGAGUCACAUGGAGGAGAGGCCCUUCCAAUGCCCUGAGUGUUGCAAGGGAUUCAAGCGCAACUCCACCCUCACCAAGCACCAGCGCAUCCACACAGGGGAGAGGCCCUACAAGUGUGAUAAAUGCCGGAAGAGGUUUCUGACCAGCUCCCAUCUCCUCCAGCGCUAUCGGAUUCACGCAGAGGAGAGGCCCUUCUGCUGCCUCGACUGUGGGAAGGGAUUCAAGCACAACUGCACCCUUGUCAGCCACCGGCGCGUCCACACUGGGGAGAGGCCCUUACGAGUGUCCUCAGUGUGGGAAGAGCUUCUCCAGCAACUCUCACUUGACCCAACAUCAACGGAGGCACCGUGUCUCCCUUGA